UGCGAUUUGUAGGCGCAUGCGUUUCUGGUCGAAGGUCAUUCAUCAUGGCGGGUCUCGCUCCUGGAACGGCGAAGAAUAUUUCCAAGACCAAGCUUCAGGCCUUCAGUAUUGGUCAGAUGAACUUGACCAAAAAGAAGUCCAAAAGAAUAGAAGAUGAACUCAAGAAAAAGGAACAAGAGAAAGAAACUGCCAAAAUCUUUGAGGAGUUUGUUGCUUCCUUUGAAGAAGCGCCGUCGACAUCAAAGUCAUUCAUCAGAGGAAAUACAAUAAAUCCAGAAACAAAAGUUGAAAGGUCAGAUGGCAAGACUGGUAAGCUCUACAAACCAACUUCAAAGAUUGCCGAGUCUGUGUAUGCUAAACAACAGAGGGCGAUAGAGGAAGCGCAGAAAGCUAGAGCAGAAAGUCAAAAAGCCAAGCUGAAGAAAGAGAAGGAGAGAGAAAAACAGAAGAAGAGCAACUUGGAACUUUUCAAAGAAGAAUUGAGAGUACUCCAAAAAGAGAGGGAAGAGAGACAUAAAUUGAGGAAGGCAAGGGGGGAUGAAGAUGAUUAUGACGAACCUAUUCUGCCUACGCCGCCCAGCAGCUCCGCUGGAUCUGCUUCUGAAAUCAGACUGCCAGCAGGGAUAGAGGAGUAUAAUUACGGGUCACAUGACUACGGAGAUCCUAAUACAACAAACAUCUUCCUUGGGAGUAUCAACCCAAAGAUGAACGAGGAGAUGCUAUGUAAGGAGUUUGUUCAGUACGGUCCUCUGGCAAGUGUCAAGAUCAUGUGGCCUAGGACGGACGCUGAGAGGCAAAGGAAUAGGAACUGUGGUUUUGUGGCCUUUAUGAAUCGCCGGGAUGCUGAGCGGGCCAUGAGAGCCCUGAAUGGCAAAGAAAUCAUGAACUAUGAGAUGAAGCUAGGGUGGGGCAAGGCAGUGGUCCUGCCACCCCACCCCGUCUACAUCCCGGAGGCCAUGAUGGAACUCACCAUGCCCCCGCCCCCGUCCGGCCUACCCUUCAACUCCCAACUCAAGAAGAGCUCCAAGCGAGAAGCCCCCAAGCUGCCACCCCCAGGGAUCGCUCUCACCUUGGAGGAAGAGCAGGAGCUUCAAGAGACCUUAAAAGAAGCUGUUGUUAAAGUGGUUAUCCCGACCGAAAGGGCUCUGCUUCAAAUCAUCCAUCGUAUGAUCGAGUUUGUCGUCAACGAGGGUCCCAUGUUUGAGGCGAUGAUUAUGAACAGAGAGAUAAAUAACCCCAUGUUCAGAUUCCUGUUCGACAACCAGACGCCAGCUCAUGUGUAUUACAGGUGGAAACUCUUCUCCAUACUUCAGGGCGAUUCCAUAACCAAAUGGUCAACGGAUGAGUUUCUCAUGUUCAAAGAUGGCUCAGUAUGGAGACCGCCCCCUAUCAAUCCGUACCAGCAAGGUAUGCCGGACGCCCUGGCACCAAAGCACGCCCUCAACAAAGCUCCUCUUCCACCACCUGAUCUCCCAAAGAAGAAAAUGCUCACAAAUCAUCAAAGGGAUAAGCUAGAGGACAUGUUGAGGGCGAUUACAAUGGACAGGUAUAAGAUAGGAGAGACGAUGGUGUACUGCCUGGACCAUGCAGACUCGGCAGAGGAGAUUGUUGAAUGUAUCGCCGAAUCUUUGGCUAUUCUAGAAACACCUCUCCCUAAAAAGAUUGGACGAUUCUUCUUAGUGUCGGACAUCCUCUUUAACUCCAGUACCAAGGUAGCCAAUGCCUCUUUCUUCCGCAAGUACUUUGAGAACCAUCUACCAGUCAUAAUGCAAGAUGUCCGAGAGACGUACAAAAGUAUUCAACAGAGACUGAAAGCUGAGCAAUUCAAGCAACGGGUGAUGGCUUGCUUCAGGAGUUGGAAUGACUGGGCCGUGUAUCCCAAUGACUUCCUGGUCCGUCUUCAGAACAUCUUCCUCGGGUUCCUAGACCAUGACUCUGCUAAGGAGGACAUACAGAUUAAAGACCCAGAGGCCCUUGCUCAACCAGAGGUUGAUCUGGAUGGCAUACCAGUUGAUGAAGCCAAGAAGACCAAGGUUGAUGCAGCAGAUUUUGAUGGUGUCCCCCUGGAAGAUGAACAAGAUCUUGAUGGUGCCCCUAUUCCCACAGAAGGUGCAGAAGAUCUUGACGGUGCCCCUCUAGAUGGUGACCCCAUUGAUGGUGCCCCUAUUGACGGUGCCCCUAUUGACGGUGCCCCUAUUGACGGUGCUCCCAUUGACGGCGCCCCCAUUCAGGAUGACGACGACCAGAGAUCGCUCACAAGCAGCGGUGGAUUGAAAUCAGAUGAGAGCAAAGGAUUUAAGGUUGCACCUUCCAAGUGGGAAACUGUUGACUCGUCUUUGUUGGAAGCCCAAGCCAUGACAACAUCAAAAUGGGAAACAUUGGCAGAGGAAGAAGAUGAAGUAGAAGAGCAAGAAGAACAAAAUGAAGAAGAGGAGAUGGAAGAAAGAGACGAGAAUGGAGAAGAUGGAGAGGACAGUGUACAGUCUUUAGCAACAGACUUCUAUAAAUCAUCUGAAAUGAAUGAAAUCAAGAGAGCAAAACUCAGGGAAAUCGAGGUGAAAGUGAUGAAAUUCCAAGAUGAUGUUGAGUCCGGUAGAAGAAGCAGGAAGAAGGACAUGACAUUACAGGAGCAGGUAGAAAGAUACAGACAUAAACUCAUGCAGAAGGAAAAGGAAAAAGAAGCCGAGAGACAGAGAUCAAAGAACAAGGACAGGGAAAGAGAUCGGCUCAAGGAGUUCGAAAGAGCUCGUGAAAGGGAACGCGAGAGAUUCGCCAAGGAACUAGAGGGUAGCUCCGGAGAGGAAGAAAUGAUGCCCAUCCCGUCCUCAAGGCGAGAUCGCGACCGAAAGCGUCGCAGAUCGCGCACCAGGUCGCGAUCACGAUCCCCGUCGAGCAGGCGCAGCACCAGCCGGAAAGGGUCCCCCGACUCGCUGUCAGUUCUCAGGGAAUACUCCGACUCUCCGUCAAGUCGUUCCCAUCGCUCAGGGUCACACUCUCCCAAGAGGACACCGAGCCACAGAUCAAGAUCGCCCAAGAAAUCUCGCAGGUCAAGGUCACGAUCAAGGUCACCGAGGAGGAGAAGGUCACCUUCACCAGGUAGAAGGUUGCAGAGGUCAAGGUCAAGGUCCCCACAUAGGAGGUCAAGCCAUAAGAAGAAAAGCAAACACUGACACCAGGAGCUGAGAUAAAAGACUCUUUGGACAUUCCUUUGUCUAAUUAUGUUCUUGAAGGCAAUUUGGUUAGACAAAGAACAUUAUGACUCUACACUUGUGAAAUUAUCAAUCUGAAUUAUGAUUCUACUUUUUCUAUUUCGUCCUAUACAGAACUGUUAUAAUCUGAGUCUGUGUAUCGAUCCUGCCUUGAAUGACAACUCUUCAUAUAGAACUCUGUAAUCUUUGAUAAUAGCCAUAAGAUAUUUGCUACCAAAACUGCACAGUCCCUUUGCAAAGCAAAUGGAAUUCACAGAAUUCAAUCAUCACUGGUUUAAUUCAUUUGGUACAGAAUAUGAGAUGCUGCAUUUCCAGUAACUUUCCACUGUCUAGUUUUUAUUAUCAAUUUUGUGGACUUAUUGCAAGCUGCAUUGUUAAAUUUGAACCUGGAGCACUUCAAGUUUUCAUUCUUCCUCCUUCAUAAACCUGUAUGGUAUAGUAUACAAGUAAUGCACGUAAGCGUGUGCAUGCAGGGCCAAAUAAUGAACGAUGUGCGAAAAGAGCCAAUAGAUAUACCGCACCAAGGUGCGCAGGACUGAGUGCGGUAUAUCCAUUUGGCGAGUCGAGCACAGAGUUCAAUAGUUAGGUCCUCUACGCACAAGAAUGUGUGCAUUGUUUGUUUCCCCCCCCCCCCAUGUUACUGAUUUGCCCCAAAUGCUAUAUUUUAUCUACAUUCUAGAUAAUUCCAGACGUUGCACUAUCCUGCAAUCUGGCGUCAGAGUGCAGGAUAGUACAUUUGGUAUGACGUAAGACGCAAUUCGCUGAAUAUCAUGUGGUCCGAUUUGGACCAAUCAGAUUACAGAACAUUCUUGGGAGUUGUGUAAUGUUACCUAUUCCACUGUUGAAACCCUACUCCAUAAUGCAUGAUAAAUGUGACCCUUUAACCCAAAACCAACAUUAAGUCACGAGAGAAGUUUCUCUGAAGAAAGCUGCAAUAGUAAUUUAGUCUUCAAAAAGUUAAAAUUUAGAAAUUCAGCUUGUUUAUAGGAAUAAUGCUAUUUCAACAUGCUGUCAAAAUUUAAAGUUGUAAACUUAAGACAAGAUUCAAGAUUUUUCAUCAAGAUGUUCCUUCACUGCUUGGAAGUUUCAUUGCAGGUGUACUCAUGAUUUAGUGAACCACAUAAUUCAAACCCUUUUUUUUCUCAUUCUUUGAAGCUCUCACUGAUUGUUUUUUACAUUCAACCAAGUAUUUAUGUCGGUUAUUAUUGAUUAAUUUUGACAAGGUAUAUAAUAUUUCAAAGCUUAGGGUGUGCUUUGAAUCUCAAUGAAUAAAUAAAAUUCAUUCUGUGAGACAUAUUAUUGGUGUUGGAUUGGCAGGUCACUAGGUUAUAAUUUUUGUUGCUAGGCUAGCUAGGCCAUGAUUCUUUGUUUGCAAGGAUUUAAAACAUUUGCUUAUCUGUAGAAAGACCACUAGUUGUUCCCUCUUUUUUUACUGUUUGAGCAAUGUUAGACUGGCUGAUUAUGCUUCUACACACAUU